AUGUCGCAUCUUCAUACCCAAAGAACCCGCACCGCUUCGCCCGGCGUCAAACAGGUUGCCUUUGACCACAAGUGCCAAGUCAUACCCGAGACCGACUGCUCAGAACUCCGCAAGCUGCUCAGCCUUUGUCCUACCCGCGCGCAGUCCCCGCCCAUCGUCACUCAACCAAGCGGCUUAAUUGCACGCACCAUUUCACCCCAACUCGCGCGAGCCAAGUCGCCCGUUCUCAAAAAGGUGGUGGGUCUAGGCAAUUUUCCACCCAAUGCAACUACCUCGUGGAAGACACGUCUGGCAAGUUGGAGCAGCGUCAAUGGCAGCACUGACGACCGUCUAGAGACAAGCACCAACACCAUCGACGCAAAUGUUUCGGCUGCCUUUAACUCCAACAGUAACGACGGACCCCGCCUGGUCGCUCCCAUUCCGGCCCGAGGAACACCAAACCUUACGAUACCAUUCGAUGACGAUGAAUUCGUCGACAUUUCACCUUCUAACGAAAGCGUCCCGGACUUUGACGACGUGGAUGCAGAGUUCCAGCAUGCCAUCUCUGGAGCAUCUCGUCGUGCAUCGGUGGUGGGUGUUCAUCAUACUGUUGCUAACUCACCAUCGCUAACAUACCAAUUGCCUCGCUGUACUAGUCCAUUUGUGCGUAGUGUCAGCGAGCUGCGGAAUCAACGUCCCAUGUCCACCGGCAGCAGGCGCAAGAGCUGUCUCGUCCGGUACAGCACUCCGCAGGCACCUGGUCCACCCAGAUUGAGCAGCGAUGGCAUGAACCCGUUGCGCCCCACGCGCUCGCAUGACCGCGAUGGCUGCUUCGCGCAACGCAGGCGAGCCGACGGAGUGCCCGUCGUCUGUCCUUCGCCGCUCGGCUUUCCCGAGGAUGAAGGUGGAGCGUCUGGGUGGAAUACCAAUGCCGACACAUCCGUAUCUCGACCGGCCAACCAUGUCAAGCAGGCGGCGGCGCCUGUAGAAAAGAGCAAGCUGUCACGCUGGAGACGCUUCCGAAGAGCCAUUUCUGAAGACUCUGGAUCGUCGGAACUCGCCAGCCCUGGCAGCGGCACCGCAUCAGAGAUGCGUAUUGACGACCUAUCGAUCAAACGCGAGAUUCAAGCUGGUAGAUGGCCAUUCGAGGCUCCGUUGAAUACGGAAUGUAGUUGCAAGAACUGUCAAGACAAAAUCGAGGUGGGAUUGGCUUCCAACUACGAACCAAAGUGGACGCGAGCAGCUAGGAUCAGGUGGCUGGAAGGCCAAGAGGAUGUAGACCUCUCAAACAGAGAUGCUGACGGAAGCAGCGUUUCAGCCACACGCUCCACCAGUCGUACCGCCAUUCAGGCCGACGAAGUGGCAAAGUUACACAACGAGACGGUUCAUCCAAUGACGGAAGCCGAAUUGGCAGCAGCAGAGCCACCAUUACCACACAUUGCAAGCAAGGACACCCAGGAAGCUUCGACAGCAGAGGCGAAUGCGGGUGCGGCCACUGGCGCAACGAAUCCGACGGGAUUACUGGAAGCGGACUACACAUUACGACGCGAAAUUAUGGCACGAAGGCAAAGGGCGGCAAGGCAGAGUCCUGUGCUUCGACACGGAGCACGAAGCAUGUUGCGGCAAAUUGAAGAGGCGGAACGUCGAGAGGAGCAGGCGGCGCGCGCCAGGUCACAGAGUCGGGAAGGCUGUUGCAACACUUGGUCUGGAUCUGCCACCGGGUCUGGACACUCUUCGCCAGCGUCGUCAGCAUCUCGUGUGAUAACGCCAUCGACGCCAGACACGGUCUCGACCUCGACCCCACCGCAGGAACGAAAUGCUGUCGACCAGGCCGCGGCCUGCUCGACAACGUCUUACUUUGAUUUGCCUCGGGCACCACCCGAGCGGGUUCGAUCGCCGUUGAUCCCCGCCGGUGAGGCUUGCACUGCCAGAGCUGGGUCCGUAAGGCCCGUAACCACCGACCAUACAAGCUUGUCGAUGGCAAGCGUUGCCUGUACGUUAGAAGCGCUAGCCUCGCCAACAGCCUCACCGCAGACGAGCUCCUUUGUAGAGAAGUAA